ACACUCUGACCUUCACGUAGACCGCAAGGUUCGGACGCUUUGAACAGUCAUGACCUCUACUCUAGAAAGACCCGUUUGGGAUGAUGUAGACGAAGCUAUGGUGGAAGAAGUUAUGAGGAUGUCCACCGAAGAGCUGACAAGCAGAGCAAGGCUGCUUGAUUCUGAAAUUCGUUUUAUGCAGUCUGAGUUGAAACACGUCAAUCAUGAAAUAAACACAAAGCAGACAAAAGUUAAGGAUAGCAAAAGCAAAAUAAAAUUAAAUAAAGCACUCCCAUAUCUAGUGGCUACUGUCGUCGAACUGCUUGAUGUAGAACCUCAAGAGGAUGAAGUAGAAGAGGGAGCAAACGUUGAUCUUGAUUCUCAGCGCAAGGGGAAAUGUGCAGUUAUCAAGACAAGUACUAGGCAAACCUACUUCCUCCCUGUUAUUGGCCUUGUGCCUCCCGAAGAGUUGAAACCAGGUGACUUAGUUGGAGUACACAAAGAUUCAUAUCUGAUCCUUGAAAAACUUCCACCGGAGUUCGACUCUCGAGUAAAGGCUAUGGAAGUUGAUGAGCGCCCAACUGAGAGAUACAGUGACAUUGGUGGCCUCGACAAGCAGAUACAAGAAUUAAUUGAAGCAGUUGUGCUCCCUAUGACGCAUCGUGAUCGUUUUGAAGCACUGGGUAUUCAGCCACCAAAAGGAGUUUUAUUGUAUGGUCCUCCAGGAACUGGAAAAACACUCCUAGCCCGUGCAUGUGCAGCUCAAACCAAAUCCACAUUUCUCAAACUUGCUGGUCCUCAGCUAGUGCAAAUGUUCAUUGGAGAUGGUGCCAAACUGGUUAGAGAUGCCUUCCAAUUGGCUAAAGAAAAAGCCCCAGCAAUUAUUUUCAUUGACGAACUUGAUGCUAUCGGUACAAAGCGUUUCAAUAGUGAAAAAGCUGGUGAUCGUGAGGUACAGCGAACGAUGUUAGAACUUCUUAACCAACUGGAUGGUUUUCAACCAAAUCAUGAUAUCAAAGUGAUCGCAGCUACCAAUAGAGUAGAUAUAUUGGACCCAGCAUUAUUACGAAGUGGCCGAGUUGAUCGGAAAAUCGAAUUCCCUGCUCCAAAUGAGGAAGCACGUGCCCGUAUUAUGCAGAUCCACUCCCGUAAGAUGAAUGUAGACAAAGAUGUCAAUUUUGAAGAACUAGCUCGCUGUACAGAUGACUUUAAUGGAGCCCAAUGUAAAGCCGUAUGUGUGGAAGCGGGUAUGAUCGCGCUGCGUCGAGGUGCUUCAGAAGUGACACAUGAAGAUUACAUGGAUGCUAUUCUGGAAGUCCAAGCUAAGAAGCGCACUAAUCUAAACUACUAUGCCUAACCAUCAUUAUUGACUGUUUUCUUCAUAUUACAAUCACAGAUGGUUCUAAAGCAUACUGACAAGUAUACCAUCAACACAGUUCAUUGUGCUAUUAGCAGCUGUCCAUAAUUCUCCGUUAUUUGAUGAAAUAUACAAUGUAUUUAUUUUAGUACGGAGUGAUGCUGUAUUCUUUUUGUCAACCUGAUGAAUACUGCCUAGCUAUUCUUCGUUUUCUCAUCACUUUUAGGAUGCUAACUUCUUUUUCCCUUUAGUGUCAACAACACAUUGCCUUUCUAAAGAUAUUUUUCUACGGAGUUGUGUAAUGUUUUUGGUUGGAACACAGGUACUCCAACCAAUUUGCUAACCUGGUAGUAUAACUAAUCGUUACACAGAGCUGUAAACUUGGUCAUGUAGUCGAAUACGACAAAAAUUGUGACGUUAAUUCCAGUUUACUAUGAUAGUUUUCUUGCGGAACGCCUGUAGGGCUUUUGCUAUAAAGGUACACAAAUGUUUGGAUGCUGAUUCAUUGCCGUAUUAGAAAUAUAGAUAUAGAAUGGUCUUAUUUAGUAACCCAAUGUUCUCUGGUUAGGAACCAUAUAAAAAGCCGUCUGUAUGUACAUAACAGAAGUACUACUCGAGAGUCUACAAUUUGUAGUUUCGAUUCGAAUUACCCGUAAAAGCAAAAUAUAAAACAAGCAUUCAAAAUAUAAAAGUUAUUAAUAAUCGUAGUACAAGUUGUUACUUUUUUCUAA